GGCAAUAUUAGUAUUAAAUGAAAAAUCAGACAUGGCGCGCGUUGGAAAUAUGUCCUUAGUGUUAAGUUUUUUUCUUUAUUCAUCAUUAAUUCUAUGCCACUUCACAAAUCCCACAAGUGCAAAUAUCGAGCUAGAUGAAGACAAUUGGCGGCAGAUCCUGGAAGGGGAAUGGAUGGUAGAAUUCUACGCGCCAUGGUGCCCCGCGUGCAACGCGCUCGCGCCCGCGUGGAAGGAUCUCGCGAAUCGCGCGAAGAGCAAGAGGCUCGACAUGAAAGCCGCCGCCGUGGACGUGACCAAGUCGCCCGGCCUGAGCGGCAGGUUCGUGGUCACCGCGCUGCCGACUAUCUUCCACGUGAAGGACGGCGAGUUCCGGCAGUACAAGGGCCCGCGCGACGCGGACUCGAUGCUGCAGUACGUGGAGGCAGCGCGCUGGCGGCAGGCGGAGGCGCUGCCCGCCUGGAAGGCGCCGCACUCGCUGCAGAUGGGCGUCGUCGCGCACUUCUUCAAGCUCAGCCAGGCGCUCCGGAGUGUACACAACAUGCUGAUGGAGACAUACGGUUUGCCCACGUGGGGAUCUUAUCUGAUCUUCGCUAUUGCAACCAUCUUCAUCGGAGCGCUGUUGGGUCUGAUGCUCGUCUGCAUCAUCGACCUGCUGUACCCGCCGCGUCGCUCCGACAAGGUGCACGUGUCUCGCGCCGAGGCGGAUAAGAGGAAGCGCAACGAUAAGAAGUCGGAUGAUGAGCUGAUAAACGACGACAUCGUGGACGACGCCGAGAACGCGAACGACAGCGACGCCGAGAAGAAUUCGCCGAGCGAUACGUCAGACGACGAUAAAGCUAAAGACAAGGGCGCCGGAGAAGGCGAGGGGGCGAAGGCCGACAAACCGGAGACACGCAAGCGGAGGCCCAGGAAAGCCGACUAAAUCUAGACUUAACGAAAAUACUUAUGACCUAACUCUGUAAAUUAUAGGUCCUAUCUCAACAGUGAUUUCAUAGCACGAAAAAUGUUAAAUUUAAUCGUUAUAAUAUAAAAUACUACCACAGUAUAAUAAUGGCUUUUUAUAUUAUUUUAUAAUGCUAAUGUUUUGCAUCUUUCAUAUAUAAGUCCGUUUAAUUAAAGAUGAUUUAAUCUAUUUGAAACUUUAUAGUUUUAUAAUAUGUUUGGAAUUUUGCAUGAGUUGUCCUUUGAAUUGUAUUUUUUUUUUUUUUACUUAGCGGUGGUGAUUCGUUGAUUUAAUAACUACUACUUUUUCACGAUGCAUCUGCUGUUGUUUCGUGUGAAAUGGUUUGUUUUAUACGAUUAUUUAUCCUGCAUUCAAAUUAAAGUGAGUUCUUUAAAUUACAAUGACAUGAGCUCAAUAUCGCAUUUAUGGACAUUUUUUAAAUUGAUUUGUUAGUUUACGUUGAAAAUAUAAUGUUUUUUUUUUUAAUAUUAAAGUAUGGAAACUUUGAGUGUUGUGUGCAUUUAAAUGUUUAACACGGCACCAAGUGUUAGCGUAUGUUGUGCACUGGAGUAUUAUUAAUUUUAGAGUACCUACUGAGUUUUUUAGACACGUUAUAAUUUUCACUGUUUAUUUUUUUUUGUAUUGUUCCAAAUUUCAAAUGAAUUAUGAAAAUGAAUCUUUUCAUUAAUAUUUGUUAGAAGAAAACGAAAUUUAUAUCAUUUAAUCACAAUUUAAUGUAGAAAUACACGUCGAUAUUGUAAACAUUCCCAAAGUAAUUAAAUUGUACUUAUUGUUUUUAAGGAUCAAAGUUACUCUGCUUAUAUGAUAUACGUAUGUAAUGCCAAUUUUGUUGAAUGCAACAUUUUUUUUUUUAUAUUGUUUUGGCGGGAAGCAAAAAUUUUAAAAUUGAUUUACCGUUUUCUAGUUUUCUUUUUUCUGUAUUUUAUUGUUUUUGCGUCUCGCUGUAAAAUUAAAUUGCCUUGUACAAAGACUUACGAUUGUAUUAAGAGUUGCAACUAACAUAGUGACUUGCUAAUAAAUUGUAUUUAUAAAUAAA